GCAGAUAGGAAAAGAAGCGGAGGGGUUUGUUGAAAAAGCCCCGCCGCCCCCGCGUCGCGAGGUGGGAGACGACACUAGGCCAGAGCCGAGCCGAGCGCCCCAAACCCAAACCCCAGAACCUCCGACCUAGGGUUCCGCCGCCAUGGGAUCCGCCGCCUCCGCUGCUGUGCCGCCGCCGCCUCCCCCCGCGCAGGCCCAGGCGGGCGCGCCGCCGUAUGGGCCCGGGCUCGCCGGGAUCCUCCCGCCGAGGCCGGAGGGGGAGGAGAAGAAGGAGGAGAAGGUGGACUACCUCAACCUCCCCUGCCCGGUGCCCUUCGAGGAGAUCCAGCGCGAGGCCCUCAUGUCUUUGAAACCAGAACUUUUUGAAGGACUGAGGUUUGACUUUACAAAAGGGUUGAAUCAAAAGUUUUCUCUUAGCCACAGUGUUUUCAUGGGCUCCUUAGAAGUUCCAGCCCAGUCAUCUGAAACUAUUAAAGUUCCGACUGCACAUUAUGAGUUUGGUGCCAACUUUUUAGAUCCAAAGUUAAUGCUCAUUGGGAGGGUGAUGACUGAUGGAAGGCUCAAUGCUCGUGUCAAAUGUGAUUUGACAGAAAAUCUUACGCUGAAAGUAAAUGCACAGCUUACCCAAGAGGCGCAUUACUCCCAAGGGAUGUUUAACUUUGACUACAAGGGAAGUGACUAUCGAUCACAAUUCCAAAUUGGAAACAAUGCAUUCUAUGGUGCAAAUUAUAUCCAGAGUGUUACUCCCCACCUAUCAAUGGGAACUGAAAUAUUCUGGCUUGGUCACCAGAGGAAAUCUGGAAUUGGUUUUGCCUCUCGCUAUAAUACGGAUAAAAUGGUGGGUACUCUACAAGUUGCAAGCACUGGAAUAGUUGCCUUAAGUUAUGUCCAGAAAGUUUCUGAGAAGGUUUCCCUCGCAUCUGACUUCAUGUAUAACCACAUGUCGAAAGAUGUAACUGCCAGCUUUGGUUAUGAUUACUUGCUUAGGCAGUGCCGUCUAAGAGGCAAAAUCGACUCGAAUGGUGUUGUUGCUGCAUACUUGGAGGAGAGAUUGAACAUGGGUGUCAACUUCCUUCUUUCUGCUGAGAUUGACCAUUGUAAGAAGAAUUACAAGUUUGGUUUCGGAAUGACCGUAGGAGAGUAAUUAUGCUAAAACAAUGGAUGUGGGUGCACCUGAGAUGCUUACACAGUUGGCUUGGCAUGGAUGUUCCGACACUUCAGGCCUCAGUUUUGAGUGAGCAGGUUCUUGCCCUUGUGCCCUGGGAAAAUACAGGAGUAAUCACUUGCUACUUUACAGAGUUUUCUCUUUCUGUGUAUUGGUGGUUAUGAAUUUUGAACUGUGAUGAUAAUGUGAGCAUGGGGGCCAUGAUUCUUUGUUCAUCUUGGAUGGAACUAGUUGUACGGUGUUCGAAUAAUGUUGUAUUGGCUGAGUGAUUUUUACCCUUAAGUCACCACCAGCCCUUCACUCUAGGCCUGUCAUGUACCAUCAUCUUACAUGAGCCACAGAAGAUUUUAUGGUUCAAAGCUUCUGACCAUUUGCCAUA